AUGGUUAUCCUGGAGCAGCUGAAAGAAGACAUCUUCCCUUCCAAGUUAGGCCCAGAGUAUGUGGGCUUUGAUCACAUCGCUUGGUACGUUGGCAACGCCAAACAGGCGGCGAGCUACUAUGUCACACGCAUGGGAUUCGAACAGGUCGCAUACCGAGGCCCUGAGACCGGCUCUCAAAACAUAGUGUCCUACGUGGUCUCUAACAAUGCCACCUCCUUUGUUCUCACCUCGCCUGUCCGCGCUCUAACCCAGACGGAACGAGACGAUCUUCCCGAAGAUGAGAGACGCGCCUUGGCGGAGAUUCAUGACCACCUGGCCAAACACGGGGAUGGGGUCAAGGAUGUGGCAUUCCAGAUUGAAGGCGACGUGGAGAGCGUCUGGAAGAGAGCAGUUGAUCACGGUGCUUCCUCGAUUACCCCUCCUCAUAUACAGCACGAUGGUGAGAAAGGUGCCCUCGCCCUGGCCACGAUCGGGACUUACGGAGACACUGUGCAUUCCCUGAUUAAUCGUCAGCGGUACUCGGGCCCGUUUCUGCCCGGUUACAAGGCAUUAACAGAUCGAGAUCCCCUCAAUCAGCAACUGCCAAAGAUCGGAUUCAUCGAGAUCGACCACUGCGUUGGCAAUCAGCCGUGGAACGGUGUUGAUCCAGCCGUUCAAUACUACGAAGACUGUCUCGACUUCCACCGAUAUUGGACCGUGGACGAUGCCGGCAUGUGUGGUGAAUAUUCAGCCAUGCGGUCUGUUGUCGUCGCCUCGCCUAACGAAGUAAUCAAAAUGCCUCUGAACGAGCCAGCUCAGGGGAAAAGGCAGUCACAGAUCGAGGAAUUCGUUGAAUUUUACAACGGCGCUGGUGUCCAGCACAUCGCCUUCCGGACCCAUGAUAUUAUCACGGCCGUCACCCGACUGAAGGAACGCGGCGUGGCAUUCCUUCGCGUGCCGGAUGAGUACUACGACGAUCUGCGACGGAGACUCUCUGACAGUGGACCCGAACUAAACGAAGAUAUCGACACGCUGCAGAGACUGCAUAUCCUGGUUGACUUUGACGAAAAGGGAUACCUGCUCCAGAUCUUCACGAAGCACGUCGUGGACUCGCCGACGAUGUUUAUCGAGGUGAUCCAACGCAACAACUUUGGUGGGUUUGGCGCGGGCAACUUCAAGUGUCUCUUUGAGGCGUAUGAGCGCGAGCAAGCGCUCCGGCGGAAUUGGUAGUCGAGCAGACGAGCAGCCGAUGGUCCACGAUUCCGCCCUUCAACUUCCCGAGAAAAGUUAUACCCGGGCGGAAUUGGCACGAGGAAAUAUUCCGCUUGUCAUCCUGCAGAUUAGAUGCAUGCAUACCUUCUACUUAGUACACUACGGACAAACAGAUCAAUGCGAAUCUCAUUCACAG